AUCAUUUCCAGCUCAACAUAUUCGUUUGAUAUAGCGGUGGCCUGCAGUUGUCGACAUUUUACCAUUUUCCUUUGAUAGAAAGCGAAAGUAAUAUCUCCUUGCACCGAUGGCCUCCGUCUAUCCGGAAGACAACCAGCCCGUAGACGUGUUCCGGCCAUCACCAUCUGUCGUCGAUGGCCCUCAUCAAAACCCCAUUAUCUCAGCAGGCCCCUCUCCAUCCAGCUUGGAUGACAAAACAAUAAAGAUUGUUGGAGGUUCCUUGGAAAGUCCACUCAUGGAAAUUCAAGAGAAGAGUGAUCCUUUACAUUUGAGCGAUCAGUCGCUUAGUAAAUCGCUUCAAGAUCUGAAUUUGUCCCCAGUUCUUCCACCACAAGGCUUGGAAACAAAUAUUAAGACGAACUCACCUAUUCCAGACAACGAUGUAGAAAUCAUACCGUUACAUGAUGAUCCUGGGUGCCCAAUCGUAACUUUGAGGUCCGUUUUGGUCGGAGUAUUUCUUUCAGCUUUAGGAGCUUCAGUUACGCAGCUUUUCUACUUUAAGCCCGUUCAUAUGCAGAUAAAACUUCCUUUUCUUCAAAUAGCAGCGUUUAUCAUUGGCCGAAGUUGCGAAUUGAUACCUGGCCCACAAUGGUGGAAUCCAGGAGCUUUCAGUCUGAAAGAGACAGGUUUUGCCGCGCUGAUGGCAGCUGCAGCUGGCGUGGCUACAGUUCCAGCGGAGAUGAUUGCAGUGUACGAGCUCUACUUCGGCCAGGUCAUCGACUUCGGCGUUGCUCUCGGGAUCUUAGUCGGCGCACAGCUCCUCGCAUAUGGAUGGGCCGGCUUACUGCAGCCUAUUCUGAUUUACCCUUCUCGUGCCGUUUAUCCUGAAGCGCUUCCCAGUGUGUCUCUCUUGAACUCCCUUUUUAAGGUGGGAUCCAAAUCCGAUGACCAAGUCCAAUUUUUCAAAAAGGCUUUCUUAGCGAUUGGAGUUUACGAGAUCCUACCAACAUAUGUUGCUCCAGCGUUCCAGGCCAUCAACCUCUUUUGUUUGACUUUACCAAAAAAUCAACUCAUAACCAAUAUCUUUGGUGGUGCUCGACCAUUUGAAGGCAUGGGUCUUUUCAGCAUUUCAUUAGAUUGGUCCAUGGCAGGGGGGCGAGGCCCACUUUUCAUGCCUCUCAGUACCCAGAUUCAUGAAAUACUGGCUUUGGUGAUUUCCAUCUUUGCCUUCUUUUUGGUUUAUUCAAAAUCAUGGCAUGGUGCUGGUCUCAAUCAAAAUUUCCCCUUCCUGUCUGCCAGUCUUCUUACUUCAGACGGGAAGCCGUAUCCAUAUCGGCAGGCGAUCAAUACCGACGGUACAGCCAAUGAACAGUUCAUACAAACAGCGGGCCUUCCAUUUUUUACCGCAACAUUCUACUUGAUCCAGAUUCUUACUUCAGUUUAUUUGACAAGUUCGCUUUCACAUGCUGUCUUAAACAAUUACCACCUCAUUGGGCCACUAUUGAAGAGGAUGAAGAGUCCGGAAGAGAUUGACCCUCACCGCGUGGUAUGCCAUAAAUAUAGGGACUUCCCCAUCUGGGGUUUUGGGGUUAUGGUGAUUGUCUCAUUCGCCUUGACUUUUGGGAUGUCCUCGGCUAGUCCCUUGGGAAUAUCAUUUGUUGGCUUACUGGUUGCUUUGAUAGUUUCUUUCUUGAUGACAUUAGCGGGUGGUUUUAUCAGUGCAGUCACCGGUUUCCAAGUAAGGCUCACAUCUGGAAUUCAAAUGCUUGGGGGUCUUAUGUUUCCAGGCCGUGUAUUUCAAAACAUUUGGUUCACAGCGUACGGUGCGGGAAGUGCCAUGCAGGCCAUGAGUAUCCUCCGAGAUCUAAAGUUUGGGCAAUAUGUCCACCUGCCACAAUAUAUUGUGGUUUAUUCCCAAUCAAUUGGUGGAGGAGUCGGUGCAUUGGCUACUGUUAUUGUCAUGAAAGCAAUCCUAAAGAACGAGCGUGAUGUACUGAUCUCCGCUCACGGCAAUGGCGUGUUCUCUGGAGCUGAAACUGCUGCUUCUCAAGCUCGCGCUAUCAGCUGGGGCAUAUUUUCCAGGAGACUGUUCCUCUUUGGCCAAAAAUAUUUCAAUCUGUUCAACGUGCCGCUACUCCUUGGAAUCACGACUGGUCUCUAUAACUUGGCCUCCGCAGGAGAACCUAUGCGUAUCAUCAUAGGACUGAUGUCACAAUUCUGGGCGCGGAAAUAUCGAACACGAUGGUUCCGCAAAUACAACUACAUUUUAUCAGCUGCUCUCGACGGGGGAACGGAACUGGUAGUCUUUUUCUUGGCCAUAGUCUUUCAAGGAGGUGAUGGUCACAGAAUCAAUUUUCCUACGUAUUUCCUCAACCCGCCUUCAUCUACUCCCAGAGAUUACUGCUUUAUGGCUCCUGAUGCCCGUGCGGCCGAGUCCUAA